GACCUUUCCCAUGUGCAGGUGGGAGUACUGGGUGAUGAAGAGGAGUGGGUGAGUCUCCAUGAGGUGGACAAUGAACCUGAUGCUCAGAUGCUGGAGGUACCAAACCUUACUCCUUACACUCAUUACAGGUUCCGGAUGCGGCAAGUGAACGUGGUGGGUGCCAGCCCACUGAGCCAGCCCUCACGUGUCAUCCAGACCCUGCAAGCCCCUCCAGACGUGGCCCCCAGCAGCGUGAGCGUGCGCACAGCCAGCGAGAGCAGCCUGCAGAUGCGCUGGGUGCCCCUGCCCGACACGCAGUACAAUGGCAACCCAGAGUCCGUGGGCUACCGCAUCAAGUUCUGGCGCGUGGAUCUGCAGCCUUCCGCCCUGCUGAAGGUCAUCAACGACCGGCUGGAAAGGGAGUGCACCAUCGAGGACCUGGAGGAGUGGACGGAGUAUGAGCUGCAGAUCCAGGCCUUCAACGCCAUUGGGGCAGGACCAUGGAGCGAAGUGGUGCGAGGUCGGACGCGGGAGUCCGUUCCCUCUGCUCCUCCUGAGAACGUGUCUGCUGAAGCCGUGAGCUCAACCCAGAUCCUUCUGACUUGGUCUGCAGUCCCCGAGUCAGAGCAAAAUGGUCUCAUCCUGGGUUACAAGAUACUUUACAAAGCGAAAGAUUUAGACUCUGAACCAAGGAGCCAAACAGUAAGAGGUAACCACACGCAGUCCUGCCUGCUGUCUGGCCUGCGCAAGUAUGUCCUCUAUGAGAUCCGGGUGUUGGCAUUCACUCGCAUUGGGGAUGGAGUCCCCAGCUCUCCUGCUGUUAUAGAAAGAACCAAGGAUGAUGCCCCCGGGCCACCUGUCAGGCUGGUAUUUCCUGAAGUGAGGCUGACAUCAGUGCGCAUCGUCUGGCAGCCACCAGAGGAGCCCAACGGCAUCAUCCUGGGUAAGGAGCUGGGAGGAGAGGGUUGGGAGCAGAGAAGCUGUGGCUGUUGGGUUUUCCUUCUGCUUGCACGUUGGGUUAGAAACCACGCUUAAGCAAAUCUGUGGCUA